AUGAGGUUGAUAGUGACUUUUGUGGCCGAGAAUAUUGAUUCAACUUCUCCCGAAAUACCAACGACCGACGAGGAGGUGACCGGAGCAUCAGCUCAGACCCAAGACCAGACUCAAGACGAGAAUGGUUGCUGGGUGGACGAAGAGUCUGAGAGCGAGAGACAGGGGACGUCUCCGCCUCAGUCGGGCUUUUCGGUGGAUGUCGACCUGGCCAGAGUCUCUCCGGGCCUGACUUCGCUUGCAGCCUUGAUUAGUGCCAGCACGUUCAGCCCUGCCGCUGGGUUGAAGCAGUUGGCAAAUGACCCAAGACCGUUUCUGUCCGCUUUGCCCACAUCUGGUUCUCCUGAGUUGGACAUCCUGCCCGAAGUCACAUCAUCUGCAAGUGUUGUAGCCAUCGAGGCUCCCCGCCUGAAGGAUCGCGUGGAAGCCUUGCUCUUCCGGCACUACGUGGAGAAUUUGGCCCCCUGGUUCGACGUAACGGACCCGCAGCAACACUUUCAAAUUCAUGUUCCCGAACGAGCGCUCGAGAGUAACGUCCUCCUAGAUGCUAUCCUUGCUCUUUCUGCCUUGAAUAUCGGUCGGCUGCCCCGAACCGAACUCACGCAGUAUGUCGAUGUCGACCCCGUCCUCUCCGAAGUGUACCACACGCGGUGCAUAGGGAAGCUGAUCUCUUUGAUGAACGACAAAGAGACCGCGUUCGACGAGGACGUCCUUUCCGCAGCAGUUAUUUUGCGCAAGUUCGAAGAGAUGAACGGCAAGUUCCAUCUAUUUCACAUCAGCGGACAGGAUUGUGGACACCAUCUGCUCGGCGUCGCUGCACUCUUCAAUUCUCGAAGUUGUGCCAUGACGGGCGGACUCGCUGAGGCAGCCUUCUGGCAAUUCGUCCGUCAGGAUGCGUACAUGGCCCUUUUCACCCGCCAACCCCCUCGAAUCGAUUUCACCAAACAAGACUUCAUCUUCUCCUUAUCCGAGGCGUCCGAUUCCGUGUGGUCGAACCGGGUUGUCUUCUCCACGGUCAUGGUCAUAUCCUACUGCUUUUCCGGGACGGCAAAAUCCGUCGACAUGUGGCAGGCUUUAACUGACCAAGUCGACAUGUGGGAUGCACAGAAACCCGCGUCAUUCAGACCGAUUUUUGCUGGACAACCCGCGGUGGCCGAAGGAAGGUAUUGGCCUGAAAUCUUGUUCUACACGCCGUGGCAUGCCACGGGAAUGCAAUACUACCACCUUGCGAAGCUUUUGCUGUGCCUGUAUAGUCCUUACGUACCGCCUCCAGGUGUGGGAUUCGAGUACGCGCAGGCUCAUCGAACAAUGAGGGAUACUGUUCUCUUCCACACAAGAGCGCUUUGCGGGAUUGCCCAAUCGAGCCACUUCGCCACCACCAGAUUCUUCAUGUGCCCCAUCAUGCAACUGUGCGGCGGCUGGUUCACCGACCCGGACGAGCAACGCGCCAUCCUAGACCUGCUUCAUCAUGCCGAAAACGCAAACGGGUGGCCGACAAAACGCACCACCAAGUCAUUGAUGAGGCAUUGGCUUAUAGAAAUGCCACCCUAG